AUGCCACCCAAGGUUAGCGGUAAAGCAGCAAAGAAAGCGGGCAAGGCCCAGAAGAACAUUGCUAAGGGAGAAAAGAAGAAGCGCAAGAGGAAGGAGAGCUAUGCCAUCUACAUCUACAAAGUUUUGAAGCAGGUCCAUCCUGACACUGGCAUCUCUUCCAAAGCCAUGACGAUCAUGAACAGCUUCGUCAACGACAUUUUUGAGCGCAUUGCUGGAGAAUCCUCUCGCCUUGCUCACUACAACAAGAGAUCUACCAUCACGAGCCGCGAAAUCCAAACGGCUGUCCGUCUGCUUCUGCCUGGUGAAUUGGCCAAACAUGCUGUGUCUGAAGGCACAAAGGCAGUUACCAAGUACACCAGCACCAAGUAGAUUGAUUCUCUUGUUCUUUGUUUCAACUCAAACGGCCCUUUUCAGGGCCACCAAUCAGUUAAAGAACCAGGAAUUGUCUACUCGUGUCGAACGUAAAUAAAUAGAU